AUGGCGACCUCGAGUGUUUUCGUAUUACUGGCGUUGGUGUCUACUUUGGGGAUUGGUCGCAUCAUAUACCAGGUCAUAUACAAUCUGUUCUUCUCUCCUCUCAAAAGAUUUCCUGGACCGUGGCUCAAUGCCGCUACCAGCAUACCCUGGGAUAUCGUGAUGAUGAAGGGGGAUGCGGUCUCUGCGCUUCAAGAGCUGCACAGAAAGCACGGCCCGAUCGUUCGUACUCGGCCGAACGAAUUAUCAUACAUUGAUGGGCGUAGUGUCUGGAGGGAUGCCUAUGGAUUCCGUCAAGGCCAUCAAGAGUGGUUCAAAGGCGACGGUUUCACAUAUUUUAACGGGGUUCCGGGCAUUAUAGGCGCCGCGAGAGAUGACCACCGCCGUUUCCGCCGCAGCUUGGCCCAUGCCUUUUCUAACCAAGGUCUCCGGGACCAAGCUCCACGGAUUCUGCAAUAUGUUGAUCUCCUCAUCGCUGGCCUUGCAAGCAAGACUGGUCCGGUGAAUUUGGUCGAUUGGUUUAGCUGGACAACAAUGGAUAUCAUUGGGGACCUCGCAUUUGGGGAGCCAUUCGGGUGCCUCAGAGAUGAAGCCGACCACCGGUUCAUGGAGAUGACCUUCCGACUACUGCGGCCGGCUGCGCUCAUGGGUAUACUUCAACGGUGGGGCUUAUCAGCACUUGCUUUGGUACUUUUACCACGGGAUAUGUUCGAGGAUGUGAAGUCCAACUACCAAUACGUAAAGGAGAAGCUCACCAACCGACUUUCAUUCGACCAAUCUCGUGGCGACUUCUUUGACGGCUUGCUCAAGCACGGGCUAGUAGUCAAGAAGAAGAACGACUUGAAGGAGGAUAAGGAAGGCCAGGAGGGAUUCACCUUCGAGGAACUGGAGAGCACAGCUGGGGAUAUGGUCUUCGCUGGAUCCGAAACUACCGCAACGCUUCUCAGUGGUGUAACGUAUUAUUUACUACAGAACCCUGAGGUCUUGUCCAAGGUCACAAAGGAAGUCCGCGACGCUUUUGCGGACGACGAAGCAAUGACGGUCGCAUCCACUUCCCCACUUUGCCUUCCUUACAUGGAUUUAGUACUCCAAGAGACAAUACGAGCCUACGAUCCAGUACCUAUAUUCGCGCCUCGAGUUGCCCCGAAAGGUGGCGACACCCUUGGCGGGGCUUUUCUCCCCGAGGGUACACGGGUGUUCUGCCCAAAGCACGUCGCAGCCAACUCGCCAUACAACUUUAGAGACCCAGAAAAGUUCGCUCCGGAACGGUGGCUCCCCGUGGGAGGAGGCAGACCGAAGGAGUUCGAUGAUGACAACAAGCAUGGUGUCUUCCAGCCUUUCAGCUACGGGCCGCGGAACUGCAUCGGCUUGAACUUGGCCAAGGCAGAAAUGCACCUCAUUCUGGCGAAGCUGCUCUGGCACUUCGACUUGAGCCGUCCUCAGAUGACCUUGGAUGAGUCUAAAGAUUGGGACGGAUGGGCCAAAAAGCAGAAGAGCUGGUUUCUAUGGAUCAAAGGGCCUCUGAUGGUUGAUCUGAAGCAGCGUCAAGACCUCUCCGAGUAG